AUGCAACCGUCGUCGCCUACACGCAGGGCUUCGCCAUCGGGCAUAGAAAACCCGAACCCAAUAGCAUCCACAUCGGCGCACACACUCGACAGCAUCCCAGCUCAAGCGGCAUCCACAUCCUUGUCGAUACCUCAGGGCGAUGAUACGAGUGCUGUUGUUGCCAAUGCUACCACCUCUUCUGCCUCUGCUCUGUCCCCUGCGAUAGCGGAACAGCCAGCCUCGAUCCUAAAGCAGACUUCCGACCUCAACGGCGGCAGCAGCACGGCACAUUCACUCGAUCUAAAUGCAGAUGCUACAAUACCUUCCUCCAUGCCAGCAUCUUUACAAGCGGCAGCGGCAGGGCUCAACGAAGAAGACGCCAAGCUUCUCGCGUCGUUAGCAGAAGGGAACGGUCUCUUGUCGCACCUCACCAAUCUGGCCGCCCAGAACGCCAGCUCGGAUCAGCUCAUCAGCGCGUAUGGCGAUCUCAUGCUCGACCCAUCCUCCACCGCGCUGCUCUCCGCCGGUCCUGCGUUCGACGCCGCGCAGCAAGCGUUUCAAGGCGCCGUUGACCUUAACGAGGCGCUCACUCGCCAGGAUAUGGAUUGGGACGACGAAGCCUUCGACGAUCUCGAACCUGAAGACGAGGACGACCAAGACUCUGGUCCCAUCCAGGCAUAUGCCAAGCUCGAGUUCCCCGGCUUCUCCUACUACAUCCAGACGCUCGACGUCACCAUCGGUCGUCGACCUGGCCAGUUGCAGCCCAACCCGCGUCCCGGAGCACAGCCGCCACAACUGCCCAAUGCAGCUUCCGGCCUUUCGCAGGCCCACAUCACCUCCGAGUCCAAGACCGAAGGCGACGUUGACGUCGAUCUCGGCCCGCUCAAGUCCAUCUCGAGGCUGCACGCACGCGUCUUCUACUACACGGGUCCCAUCCACCCUCCCAACUCGACCUUCCUCAACGGCACGCCCGCGCACAGUCGAGCCUCGAGCGGCAAUGGUUCUGCCCCUUAUCGCAUCACUUCGCCCACUGCCCUCAGUCGCGUCAACGGCUCCCACCUCUCUGGCCCAGAUGGCGCCGCUGCACAGGAUCCGUACAACAUCGCCUCGUACAUGGGAGCAGUCGCAGGCACCAAUCCUGAACAAGGCGAAGGCCAAUUCGUCUUGAUGGUGGUCGGUCGCAACGGCGCUUUCGUCGACGACGUCUGGGUCGAGAAGGGUGGCAUCGUCGUGCUGGGCAAACGAACAAAGAUUCAGAUUGCAGAACGUGUCUUUUACUUUGUGCUCCCCCCGCCGCCUGGCGCAGCAUCCUACAGCAUCGACGGUGAUAGCCAACGUGCGCACGACUCCGAGUCCGACUCGCUCUCGGAUCUCAGCAGCGAGGACCAAGCAGAAGAGGAGGAGGAGGAGGACAACGACGACGUCGACGAAGAAGAGGAUGGCGAGGACGAGGACCAAGUCGAUCAACGUGCUAGGUUGUCCAGCUCCGUCUCGAGCGAGGAGAGCGGUGGCGACGACGACGACGAUGAAUACGAGGGCCAGGACGAGCAUGGUCAAGGUGCAGCUCGAUCUGCUACCGCUAGAGGCCGGGGCCGCAGAAGAUCAUCAGCAGCUGCGGGCAAGGCUGAGCUCGAUGCUGUCAGUCGCGAUGACAGGCCCAAACGAAGACUUGUGCUCAAACCUAAGUCCAAGAUCGGCAAGGCAUCCACCGAUAUAGCAGAAGCAGAGGAUUCGGCCGCUGACGAGUCCAUGGAAGACCAACAGGAUCCUCUGCCAUCGCAAAGGGCAAAGGCGCUGAGCAAUGCGCAGAUCAAAGGCAGGGCGUCCUCCAAAACGACCGCAGCCGCCCUUGCCAACAGAGCUGCGGGCAAGGGCAAGGGCAAAGGCGCAGGGCGUGGCAAGAUGCCUACCAAAGGUCCUAUUCCACAGACUCGACCCGAUGGAGGCGACAGCGACAGCCUCGGCACGCCGAGCGCAGGAGAGCAGAGCAGCGAAGGCGAGCAAGACGAUGGCAUCACUUCACCACCGUCGGCCAGCAAUUCUCGUGGAGUCGCACCCGGCAAACGUCCAGCCAAGGGCACAAAGGGUCGGAAGAGCACCAAGAACGGCAAAGCAGCCAAGGCGGCCUUGUCCGAGGACACACUUACGGGCUCGGGUGGUGAAGCAGCAGCCGGCUCUACAGUCAAGAAGGAGUCGCCCACACCUUCGUGGGCCAUGGGCGCAGGCGUUGCAGGACGCAAGAGGAAGCGAGGCGAGCCGGCCACCGACGAAGAGCCGGCGCUCAAAGUGGGAACGCCGAUCGGUAUUGAAGCUCUCGAGGCUGCCAAACGUGCCAAAGCCGCCAAGGCCCGAGCCGAUGCCUCUUCGCGCGCUGCUUCCACCAGUCCCAAGAAGUCCAAGACAGGUGGCAGUGCACCCACGGUCCCGACAGCCAGCACGGCGACGACAGCCGAUGCUUCCGCAGCCGCCACAACGGCGGCUGAAGUGGCAGCAGAUGACGAUGUUGUCAUGCUGGAUAUCAAGCCGGCCCCCACCAAGUCAGCUCCAUCCUCUGCAAAGGCACUCUCGAAAGCAACCGCUUCCACAGCAUCCUCCAAGGCAACGGCAGCGACAGCCGCCUCGAAGCUGGCCACAGGACCCAGCGCUCCCUCAUCAUUACCAGCUAUCGCUCCAGCGACAACGGCACCCCCGCAUCCUGCUGGGACGACGGCUGCGGACACCUCUGCAGCGACUGCUUCCAAGGCAGGGCAGAAGGAUGCCGACAAAUCCACGCCAGCUUCCAGCACGCCAGCCAAAGCGAAGCCGGCCAAGCCCAAGCCGGCCAAACCGAAGAAGAAGAAGGGUGCAGCAGCAGAAGAGACGCCUCAAACCCCUUCCGGUGUCCCUGUUGCAUCAGGACCGAAGGCACCAAGCGGUGUUGCCGGCGACUCACCCAUGCCGACCGGUGGCUUCGCAGGUGCGUACGCACCCACUUCCAUGCCUUACGACCCCAACUCGGCGAGCGCCGCUUCGGCCAUCAUUGCCGCUGCUAAUGCCGUCUCUGGCUCGAUGCCUGGAUACGGGCAACCGACUGCUCAAGCACUGCCGCAUGCUGUGGGCCAGAUGCCCUCGGCGCUACCCAUGAUACCUUCCGCUGCUUCUGGACGCGGUGGCCCGGGUGCGGGUGUAGGGGCCGGUGCCUCGGGCGUCAAUGUGACAGGAGGCCACACGGCUGCGUACCCGACCAUGUCGAUGCCAACUACCAUGACAACCUUGCCCACUCCUGCGUCAACGCCUGCUCUCACUACUACCGCUGCCUCGGGCUCCGAUCCUUCUUCGUGGCCCACUACUGCCAGCAUCAUCGCAUCUGCAGCUAGUCUUGCCAAUGCGCAAGCCAAGCAAAACCAGAAGGCAGCAGCUGGCAGCGCUGCUGGGGCCAAUACAUCUGCUGGUAGCGCGACUCCGGUAGCGCCGACGAAGAACGCAACACCGGCACCAGCCGCAACAGUCGCCAAACCGCCACCGGGACCCGAGGACAAGCCAGACCUUUCCAACAUCGAGCUCAUCUCGCAGGCGCUUCGCUCGGAUCACUGCGCCAAGAAGGGUGGCAAGCUCACGCUGCAAGAGGUGUAUGAGUGGAUUGCCAACCGCUGGGUGUGGUUCAAGCGCAAUGGCAGACACACUGGCCGAGACUGGCAGAGCUCGAUUCGCCAUGCGAUCGGUUCGUCGCGCGACUUUACUCGCAUUCCUCGCAGAUCAGACGAGCCAGGCAAGGGCAUCUUUUACACCAUGUCGGACUCCCAGCUGGCAGAGCAGCAUCGCGCCAACCUUGCCAAGCAGAAGGAAGAGGCAGCGAAAGCGGCAGCGGCAGGAACUCCUGCCCCCACUGGCACGGCUGGAGCUGCGAGCGGUCCUGUGAUUGGCGGCGUGACCACAUCGGCAGCGUCGUUGCAUCAAGGUCCGAGUGCCGGCGCUCCUUCAGCCAACCCUGCAUCAGCAGCAGCGGCGGCCGGAGCAGCAGCAGCAGCUGGAACGCCGGGCUCGCUGCCUGCGAUCCGCAUUCCGCUCAUCAUCGGCACACCUCCCUCUUCCGCCGUUGCUGCAGCAUCGGACAAACCAAAGGCGGCUCCUGGCACCAUCGAGUCGUUGCUCGAGACGCCUCCUAUCGUGCAUCACGACGGCAAGCUCUACCUGAGCCCGCAGGUGUUUGGGCAUCUCAACGCAGGCCAGUUGGCGCAAAUCGAAGGGCUGGGGGCCCAACAGGCUCUGCAGGUCCUCCAAGCAUAUUUGGUGACGCAUCUCAAGGAGCGCAUGAGACAGCAGCAGGUGGCAGCCCAGAAGAAGGAUGCCAGCCCUGCGCCGGGCAAAGCUGCAACUGCUGGAAAGACGGCAGCAACAGCCAAAGCGGCGAAUACUCUGGCAUCGGAAGCCAUGUCAACUCCGUCUGCAUCUCCUGCACCGGUUACUGCCUCGUCCUCGAACACGAAAGUCAACGUCGCAGGAGCCAAUGGUUCUGCCUCGCGUCUCAACUCGGCGGCAUCGCCCGCUCCCGCGGGCCCGCUGAACACGCCGGUACCGGUAACAACAUCGCUGCCGAAGCCUCCUGGAUCUGCCACGUCUCUGCACCCGAUGACGACGCUUCCCAAGCCGGUGCUGCCUGCGCCUCUGAAGCCGUCGAUUCCGAGCAGCGCACAGAACGCGACUGCCAGCAGCAAGGCGAACGCACCAAGCCCUACGUCUGCUGCAUUGAAUACGUCACAGACCGCGAGAGGAGCCUCGACGACCAGCUCGAAAGGGGCGGAUACAGCUGGUACGGCGCCUUCCGUGCCCCCUGUGGGACCGGCAGCCAAGGCGCCUGUCCUCCCAAGCACACCGCUUCGGACUUCUGUGCCCGCUGGACCCUCAGGGGCCAACAAGUCGAGCACGCCAGCUCCUACCGUUGCUGCUUCCACCACAGGCCAGGCUACCUCACAGACACAGUCAAGCGGCGCCGAGCCAGUUGCUGUUUCUGUCACAACGCAGAAAGCGGCAUCGCCUGUCAAGCAGACUGCGCCCGCCACAACACAGACCGCCAGCGCUCUAGGCAGUGGAGCCAGCAAGCCGGCCCCGAACGAUGCCGCGAGCCCCAGCACCAGCGUUCCUUCCGCUGCUACUGCUGCCGUCUCGGCCACAAGUACUUCGGCUUCCGACAGCGACGACCCGCUCUCUGCGCUGUCUGCCCUCGCGGCUCACCCGGAAGCAGCGGCCCUAAUUGCACUGUUGCGCAAGCAGCAACAGGAGAGUGGUGCAGGUGGAGGAAAGCAGCUGGCAAAGCUGACGCCGGGGCAACUUCAGCUGCUUCAGAUGGCCAACAAGCUUGCGGCGCAGCAGGGCAAGAAGGGCGGCAGCGGCAAGAAGAAGAAGAAGGCGUCGACGGGCACGGGGACGGGCACUCCGGAAGGCACUGCGACGCCUGGACCGAGUGGACGAGAGUCUUCGCUGGCUCCAGCCGGGCCGAGUCCGUCGCCUGGUCCCAAAAGCUAG